AUGCCACCGAAUGCACGAUGCAUUGUUUUCCUGGCGUUGGCAACAUGGGCAGCUGCAGGCACAGACAACGUCUCGCUCGACACGGGCUCGUCCAAUGCCACUGCUGCAAAUGUCACGCAGCUCCCAGCUGAAGUCGAGGACACACAAGAGGGCGCGAAGGCUGCAGAGCCGGCCACUGACGCGCCCCGGGAGUUUCUGACGAACAGCACUAAAGCUGAUGUUGGAAACAGGAGCAACACCACGCUGCGUGGCAUGCUUCACGCUCUGUGGUUAGCCAAACUUGAAGCUAAGAUGGCCUGGCUUCUCGUGUGGAUCUGCUGCUGCUCUUUCUGCUGCUACAGCGCGUCACAUCAGGACGAGGCGUGGCUAGUCUUUGCGGGGUCGGCCGGGUCGUGCUAUCUCUGA